CACAGUGUACUUUACAUUAAGUUUACGAUCGGGAGGGAGCCCGCCGGCCUGUCUAUACCAUAACGCUGAACUCGAGGAAUACUGCACCAAACGCCAUGUCCGGAGUGAUUGUACCCCUUUGCACAGUAGCACUUUUUGCUUUUUUAUUUAUUACAUUAACGCUUUUUACGGGCAGUUUCCAUUCGCGUGUACAAGAGAGGGACCUUAGUGGAAAUCCUGACUCGUUUUCUGUCUCUCAGCGAGACGCUUUACUCAAGGAGCUCAACGAGCGGCGCAAGGAGCUUCUGCCCCUUUACGCGGCGUUUGGGAAGAGGCUCGGGACGCAGCCUGGAAAAGAGACACACCACUCAUCAAAAAGCGAAGAGACGACGGACAAUGACAUUCUUUUAGGGGAAAUGCUCACUGAUGUGGAUGCGAUUGGGUGCGAUCAACUCCGUUAUGUUAAAAAUGUGGAUUUCUUAGGUGCAGGAUACACCAAGGCAGUAACGAGGGGCAUUUUGCCGAAGGGGUUGCCCGUCGCGCUGAAGUCCGUGAACCGGCAGGGGAGCGACCUGCGGAGAUGCGUGGAGGAUUUUAAAGACGUGGAAGGCUGUCACGAGCUCGUGUCUUACAAAUUAAUCAAAGAAAUUGUUCUGUUACAGAUACUACGGCACCCGAAUAUUAUCAAGCUCCAGGGACUGUGCCAGCUGAAGGGGCAGCCUGCCGGGGUCACAGCCGCCCUGGAGCAGGGCUCCCCGCUGCAGAUGAUCCAGCUCCUCCAGAGCCCCUGGGAGGAGCGCUUUCGGGUGUGUCUGGGUCUGGUGAGGCUGCUGCACUACCUCUCGCGGUCCCCGCUGGGCUCGGUGGCGCUGCUGGACUUUCAGCCCCGGCAGUUUGUGCUGGUGUCGGGGGAGCUGAAGCUGACGGACCUGGAUGAUGCCAGCACCGAGGAGCCAGCCUGCCGGACCGAGGCCGACUGCGAGCUGCGCUUCCCCCUCCAAAAUUUCACCAUCCCCUGCUCCGCCCGGGGAGUCUGCCAGGGCCUGAACGAGAGGAGGAACCUGUACAACGCCUACAGGUAUUUCUUCACAUACCUGCUGCCCCACCAGGCCCCACCCACACUGAGGCAUCUGAUUGAUCAGAUCAUGAACUCAACAGUGGAGCUGAAGAGUGGUGUAAGUGACACCAUGCAGGCCUUCGAGGAGAUCCUGCAUCUCUACAAGUCUGGGCUUUACCUGGAGAACCUCCUGCCGUCCGUAAUCACAGAUUACGCGGCUGUGAGAGGUGUGAGGACUUCAGGGGGUGUGGACUACCGCUGCUGGGCCUCCUACAGCCAGCAGGCCUGUGUGCUCUCAGUGCACAGUGCUGGUGAAGCAGCCCACAUCUGCAGCUCACACCUGCAGUGCACCAGCUUCACCCUCGGCGCCCAGGUCACCUGGACAGGGAGGCUGCUGGCCUCUUUCAGGAGCGCCUUCAGCGACCUGGUGCCAGAUGUGAAUUCCGUGGUGUACCUGAAAAAGACACGGCUUUGAGGAGCAGCACCGCUGAACCCAGGCUGCGGGGUCCAGGCUGUGGUGUCCAGGCUGCGGGGUCCAGGCUGCGGGGUCCAGGCUGUGGUGUCCAGGCUGUGGUGUCCAGGCUGUGGUGUCCAGGCUGUGGUGUCCAGGCUGUAG